CGAUCAUUUCGUGAAAAUUGAUAUUUGAGCGACAACGACCUUCAUCAAAUAAUUAAAAGUGUAAUGGAUGCAUUUCAAUUUGAUUUGAAACCUUGUGUUUUAUCUAAGAAAAAAUGUUUAUUAGAGAAAAGCAACGAAGACAAAUGCUUUAAAUGAUAUAUUAUGCGAUAUUAAAAUAUUAUUCUUCAAAAUCAGGUAAAAGCUUACUUCUCGGAAAAGAUAAUUCGUGAUUUCAAACAUCUCAAGCGAAAAUUGCGAGGUAUGCAAGCAUUAAAUGUAAAGCUUAAAAGUAAAAACCACAAGUUGCAGCAAAUGCUUGGUGAAUCGAAAAGCUCUUUCGUAAAAACUGAGAUGACCCUCUUCGAUACUCCUGAAUCAGAUGAAAAACAACAGCCACAAACUUUUUUUGACACACUUCCUUCUUUACAAAACUCCUUAAAUGAUUUACAAGUUAGUGCUUUUGAAGAAGAGAUUUUUACAAGAUGUGUUCAUCAAAAUCAAAGCAAUAAAGUCGAACAGCAAAUUUUUGAUUAUGCUUUUUCAAAUGAAAUUGAAGAGCAUAAGAUAUGUAAACAUUCAGUUGAAAGCCUAUCGAUAAAUGAAGCACAAAUAAACGACCAGGUAUCUUGUUUUGAAACUAAACAUCAUCAAAUCAAAAAAAUAAACGAAAAUAAAUCUGAUUUUGUUAUUUUAAAAGAUGUUUUAAUGCCCGAAAUACACAGUCAAACUGAUCAAAGUUCUUCAAGUAAAGUUGAAUUCAGUGUAAAAGAGAAUGCUAAAACUAUUAAAUUUAAUAAUAUACCUCCUUUACGAGUAAAUCUUCAACAGUUUUUUCUAAAACAGAACAAGGACUUGCAGGAUCUUAAGAAGAAAGUAUAUUUGUUUGAAGAUCAAGAAUUUAGCGAAUUUCAUUUUUUAGAAUCUCUGUUAUUAGCAAUAAAAAAUCUAAAAUCAAAUAUGAAAAGCAAAAGAUUUUUCCAGAGUAAGUCAAAGAUUAGAAAAAACUUCAUAAAAGAUAUUUCUCAACUAAUUAAAGAUUACGUUUCAACGUUUUGUUUAAAAGAAAAUUAACGAUAUUUUGUUAUUAUUUUUUUAUUUCUAUUUUGUUUAAUCAUGUUUAUAUUUAGAUGUCAUCUUUUUAAUUUUUUAAACCAAUUAUAGUUCAGGCUAAUGCUCACCUACUAUGUUUCAAUUUUCAAGUUUUCAAUAUUUAAUGUUAAUAAAAUCUGAACAUGUUUAUA